UCUUCCGCUAACAACAACAGGAGCAGGCUGCUGCUGUGUGAAGGCUAUGGCGGUGAAACCUCUGUCUGCAUGAACGUUAGCUCCAUAGCGGGUUAUUACCGGCAGCACUGUUGUUAUGGUAACUCCCCUAUAGUGACAGUUAAACCGCAUUAGCUUUAUCCGCUCACUGAGAACAUGGAGAAAUUUGAAGGCUACGUCUUCACGGCUCUCUGCAGCACCAACUUUCUCAUUUCCUGCCUCCUGUUCUCUAAAGUCACUCGGGAGCAGAGGGAGCCGUACAUGGAUGAGGUUUUCCAUGUCCCACAGGCUCAGAAGUACUGCCAUGGAAGAUUCAACGAGUGGGACCCCAUGAUCACCACGCUCCCAGGCCUGUACCUGGUCUCUGUGGGGGUCAUCAAGCCUGUGGUGUGGCUGGCUGACCUGACAGGUGAGGUGGUGUGCUCCACUGCCAUGCUGCGCUUCGUCAACUUGCUGUUCAACUGCGGCAACCUUUACCUGCUUUACCUGCUCAUCUGCAAACUCCACCUGAGGGAGAAGGCACGGACAACCUCACGCAGAGUUCUCUCUGCCCUGUCUCUGUCCACCUUCCCUGUGCUCUAUUUCUUCAACUUCCUUUACUACACGGAUGCCGGAUCCACCUUUUUCAUCCUCUUCACCUACCUCAUGACACUCUACAACUGCCACAAGGCUUCGGCGCUCCUCGGGGUCUGCUCGGUGCUCUUUCGCCAGACCAACAUCAUCUGGGUUGCGUUCUGCGCAGGCACAUUGGUGGCAGCCAAGAUGGAUGAAGUUUGGAGAGUGGAGCACACAAAGAAGAGGGAUGAGAAAUGUCCUCCCUCCCAGGUUCCCCUGUCCUUCAGUGGAGUUAAGAAAGUGGUUCUGUUCACGCUGGAGUUCUUCACCACACCGGGCCACAUGAAGGCGGUGCUGCUGGUGGCGUGGCCUUAUGUGGCGGUUGGCUUGGGUUUCCUUGGGUUUGUGGUGCUGAAUGAUGGGAUAGUGGUUGGUGACAGGACGAGCCAUGAAGCCUGCCUGAACUUUCCCCAACUCUUCUAUUUCUUCUCAUUUGCCCUCUUCUUCUCCCACCCUGUCUCGCUGUGUUACUAUCGUGUUCUUCGCUUUUUCCAGGCUUUGAAAAAGCAGCCUUUAUUCUUCCUCUUCAUCACUGGUGUCUCCUUGUUCUUGGUUUGGAAGUUCACUUUUGUCCACAAGUAUCUGCUAGCAGACAACCGCCAUUUCCCCUUCUAUGUGUGGAAAAGGCUUUUCCAGAGACAUGAGCUUGUGCGCUUCCUCCUCGUCCCUGCCUAUGUGUUUGCCGGCUGGAAUUUUCUCGACUCCUUCAAGUCGCGCUCAUUGUUUUGGAACUUGGCAUUCCUGGCGUGCCUGCUGGCCGCCACAGUGCCCCAGAAGCUGCUGGAGUUCAGGUACUUCAUCAUCCCUUACCUGAUGUACCGCCUACACAUGCCUCUGCCCUCUCUCCUCAGACUUGUGGGGGAGUUUCUUCUGUACACUGCAGUAAAUUCUGCCACACUUUACAUCUUCAUCAGUAAGACUUUCCAGUGGCCAGACAGCACAGCCACUCAGCGCUUCAUGUGGUGAACAACGAGACUUUAAAAAAACAGAUUUGAGCUUGUAUAGCACUUUUCUAGAUGACUCAAAGCGCUUUUACACCACACUUAUCCAUUCACACGCUGUUGGCAGAGGUUGCUAUGGUGAUUAGCCAUCAGUGUUCAAACCCAUCUAUACCCAUUUACACGGAGCCGUGGGAGAACCCUGAAGUUACGAGUCUUGCCCAAGGACACAUCGACAUGUGACCGCCGGACCUGGAGAUCAAACCCACGACCUUCAGACUGCAGGACCACCCACUACUGUUGUUUUCAGUGUCUACACACCUGAAGCAGGACUGCAUAUUUACUGUGAAAUAGUUUACAACUACAUGAUAAAAAACAACAAAGUUUAUAGAAAGAAAUCUUUUGUAAAUAAGCAGCUUUGUCUCAGACAACUCACUGAUACUAUCAGACCAUGAGAGCAGAAAUACAACAAUAAAUAUAUUUUGGUAAGAAUUCGUUGUAUAUAUUUUUCUACUGAACACAAAAUUUUGUUUUAAACCAGUGAUACUCAACAUGUGGCUCUUUCAUGUCUUCAUUUUAAAUAUUAUUCCUCCAAAAACCUUAAAAAUUGGAACUUUUUUGCCCCUUUAUACCCAU